GGGGAACAGAGAAGAGUCUAUUCUUAUCUCUGACUGUCUCUGGCAGUCUCUUGGACCUGGCACAUCUCCCUGGUGACAAGGGGGGCUCCAUGACUCUCCUUAGGCUCCAUUCCCCCAGCAGUAGGGGGGUGGAGAGGUGUCAACUGAUCUCAGCCAAAAAAGGGGGCGUCUUCCCCCCCUAAAUAGCUUGGGGAGCUAGAGACAGAGAGAAGUGGGAGAGGCAGAGAAAGAGAGAGACUGGAUACUGAGAGACAGAGCCGGGUCCCUGAUUGAUGCUCCAGGAGCCGGGGAAGGAGCGCUGGGACCCCCAACCUUCUCAUUCCAACAGCACUCAUUGGAGGAGAGUGAUCCAGAGGAACCGGUACAGCACUGCCCACAUUACUGCUGCCGAUCCCGGGAUUGAGUCUUUCUACGGGACACUUGGGCAGAGGAGAGCGCUGGGUAGGACUCCGGGGUCUAUCGCUUCCCUGUCGGAUUAAUACACUGUAACCCGCGGAGUUGCCCCCAGGACCAACAGUGCCUCCCGGAUGCGCACAGGUGGCACCAUGCAGCUCUCAGGAUGUCACCUGGAUCUGUUCUUGGUACUUUUUGGACUCCAGAUCCCUUUGAUCUCAUUAUGUCCUGUCAAUUGUGUAUGUUACCCCACUCCUAUGACUGUCAGCUGCCAGGCUCACAACUUUGGAGCCAUACCAGAAGGGAUUCCAGAAAACAGCGAAAGAAUAUUUUUGCAAAAUAACCAGAUAACCAUGCUUCACAGAGGGGAUUUUGGUCCUUCCUUGGUAACCCUUUGGCUUUAUUCUAAUAACAUCACCUUCAUAGACCCUGCCACAUUUGAAGGAUUUGAUAACCUUGAAGAGCUGGAUCUGGGAGACAAUCGUUACUUAAGGGCUUUAGCAGCAGACACAUUCCAAGGUUUGUCUAGACUUCACGCCUUGCACCUGUAUAAAUGUGGACUCAGCUCUUUGCCUAGUGGAAUAUUUAGUGGCCUCCACAGCUUGCAGUUCCUUUAUUUGCAGGAUAACUACAUAGAGUUUCUACAAGAUGACAUAUUUAUAGAUUUGGUUAACCUAAGUUACCUUUUUCUGCAUGGCAACAAACUCUGGAGUCUCCAUCAAAAUACAUUCAGGGGCCUUGUUAACCUGGACCGUCUUCUCCUACAUCAAAAUCAGCUGCAGUGGGUUCACAGGACUGCAUUCCAUGACCUCAAGCGACUUACCAUGCUUUUCCUGUUUAACAAUAGCUUAACUGAACUGCAAGGGGAGUGUUUGGCCCACCUAUCGGCGUUAGAGUUUCUAAGGCUCAAUGGUAACCCUUGGGACUGUGGUUGUAAAGCAAGAUCUCUCUGGGAAUGGUUACGAGGUUUUCGAGGUUCUAGUUCAAAUGUUAUUUGUGAAUCCCCUGAUCAUUUGGCAGGCAUGGACCUUAAAGUGUUGAAAACAGAAGACUUCAUGCAUUGUUCAGGCUCAGAAUCUCUUCACCAGAUUAAGACUCACACAUUUAGCACCACACACCGUAUAGCACACAAAGGCCAUCACUCUCAUCAUUCCUCCAAAGAGAAGGGGAAGGAACUUGAUGUUGGCCUGCACCAAAAUGAGCCUGCAGCCCCUCCAGAUCCUCGACCAGGUUCUAGAAAGCCAGGGAAAAACUGUACCAGUCACAAGAAUAGGAAUCGCAUUUCAAAACCUGUGUCUGUAAAAAGCAUGAAUGAUCUUCAGGAUUAUGCUCCUGAUUAUCAUCAUAAAUUUAACUUCGGCACUUUGCCCACUGCCUCCACUAAGAGGAAGACUAAAUGUACAAGGAGGACGCCGGUCAGGAUACCAAGUGGAGUACAACAGGCAGCAGGCAAUGAUAGUGAUGGGGUCAGGGUGUCUCUGCUGUUAUUCCUCCUUGUGUUGGCUGUCAUAGUACGCUGAUUUCUUUUUUGUGGGAGGACAUGGAGCCACUGCCACCACUUUCCAAAGGACCAGCAUUUCUUUUUGUUAUUCUUAUUUGUUGUAAAUGGAAGAUCUGACAUGGAGAAUGAAUUGAAUGGCUUUUGGUGGUUUCCUGCUUGUAUCUGUGGAUUAUAAUCCUGAACUGGGUGCAACAGCAGUUGAGGGAAGCAUUGUAAUAAGCCUACUACAUGCAGCCCCAACUUUGCAUGUACUAAGGGCAACAACCUAUCAUAUUUUACAAAAAAACAUUCCUGUUAACACAUGGACAUGCAAAAUGGGGCAUUCUUACAGAUAAUGACUACAUCAAAUAUUUUGACUCUGUUUAGAGAGGGAACAUACCUACAAAAAAGUAAAUAUGCUAUUACUAAUACGGCCUCCUACACACACCUGAGACAUUGUGUAAGCGUUCCCACCAGAGAUACUCUCCUGGUUCUUCUGACCUAUCCAGAAAUUGCUGGUCUUUGGGUCAAUGCUGCUCAGAAGACAAUCUACAAUCCCUGAAAAACUCAGGCAUAUUUAUCUUUAUAUAGCAGGGCUCAGCUGCCUUGCUACCAAAGGAAGGUUGCAAACAUACAAUAGGACUUGUUCAAAUUAAAUAUGGAAGAUUUUCCUACAGGCAGCCUCUUUAUUUUGUAUCUGUAUUCACAUAGUUAUUUACAGCCACAACCCUUUUUCAUUCUCUUCCAACUAUUCAUAAUGGCGUCUUUAUUGUUUCUAUGGCUAUACCUAAAAACCAUGACUUUGGAAAGAGAAAACUUGUGCUGUCUAUUUUAUAGCAAAUAGACAUUAUUGGCUUCAAGCUUUGCAAACUUUGGUACCCUGCUUAUUUACUGAGUGAUGUAAUAAUAAUAUUAAUAAUGAUAAUAAUACAGUCACAGGAGUAAGACUAGAACAGUCCCAUGAACAACCAGGGAGAACUUCAGAUCAUACACAACUCCACAUUUCCAGGAAAUAUCACUAGCAUUUGAUAAUAGUAUACAGGGGCAUCAGAGUACAGUACAGGUCAAAGAUAUAAAGUAUGAUCAGAAUUGUUAGAUGUUUGUGAUACACAGCCAUAGAGCUCGAUUAUCUAUCAGGGAGCAGAGACUGAAUGGGAAUAGUCUUCACAACUGGGAGCGGAAGAGAAUGCUCCCGACAGUGUUAGUGUAGUGCAAUCCCUAUAGCUGGUCUAAAGGUAUUCACAUUGUAGGAUUAAGCCUCACACAGUGACCAUAGGGAGGUAAUCCAACAAGUUCUAAGGUUCGUAAUCCAUGGGUUUCUCCCAAAUCAAUUAUAUUAUAAUUGAAAAAUACACUCUCUGGGAAGAAAUGAUUUAUGCCCAUUGGGAAAUUGAGAUAUAUUUAUUUUAACCAUAACUGAAAAAUAUAUUAUAGAAUGUUCUGACAGGAAAUGGAUUGCUAGAGCGUGUGCUAAAUUCAUAUCCGUUAUCUUUUCCAAAAUGGAAGGAAGCUUAAGGCAACAACGAAUAUCUGGGCUGCCUCAGCCGUAUGCCCAGUACUGGCAGCCCCGGGGAUUGUCAAGGAUUUUAUCCAGUUUUACAUAGACCAAACAUUUGUCUUACUCUUACGCUUCUCCCUCAAUAUAA